AUGCGGAUCGCCGAGAUCAUAGGAGAUUAUCGCAACAUCCAGACUUACAUCGCUGCCAUCCGAGCUAGUCCUUCGGCUGAGGAAUAUAACGAAGAGGGCUACCUUGUCUUGCGACGAUGCGUGGCAGCAGCGCAGGCGCUACUGGCUCAGCCUUUCCAAACGACGAGCAGUAGUCGCGGCGAUGAUGAGCAGGACAAGAUCCAUCUGAGGAGCUUUACUUGCAAGCAACGGCAGCGCUACGAUGGAUCAAUUCCCGAAGCGCCAUUCUCCAAGGUCAACGGCCACAUGCAGGGCAUGCUCCAGCUCUACAACAGAUCUACGCACAACUUCGAGCAGUAA